UAAUUUCUCUAAGUUUAUCAAGUAGGAAGAGGGCAACAAGUCAAAAAUUAAAAAAAAAAAAAUGAAUAAAUUAAAAUUGUUGUUGGAAAUCCUAUUCAUUUGUUUUCUUCUCAAAGGUACCACCCCAUUAGACCAGAGAUAUAAAAAAGAGCAUAGAGAGAGUUACUCUCUAGCUCAUGGCCACAUACAGUUUCCUAUUUGUAAAAAUUGUUCCCAUAUAAUAAACGUGCAUGGCACUCCUGGAUUCUUUUGCCAUUACCAAGAUGGAGUCGUUGAAAAUAGGUCUGGAGUUAAACAAAAUCAUUCAGAAUGCGUACCCAAGAAAUUCAUGGUUAAUCUGCAGGGAGAUAAUCCUGGAAAUAUAACAACAACCAAUAUUCCAGGUUGUGAAGGCUGUUCGAUGACAUAUAUUAACCACGGCAAUAGAACAGGUUAUCAGUGUCAUUAUGAAGACGGCACUGCUGUUAGAACCAGAUUCGGAUCAACUGAAUAUGAGUACCCGGAAUGCGUUCCAAUGCAAUAUGAGCUAACUCGAGAUAUAAAGAAGUAUUGCUGUUUCUGGUCACCGGAUUUGGGUUGCACGGCACUUGUUGGGGAUACAACACCCGAUGAAAUUUCGAAAAGCUGCAAUCGAUGUCGGGACCUUUGCGAGUAUCAACAGGUCGAUGAUAUUGAUGAUGACAAUAGUGCUAGGGAUCCGAAUUCUGAACAUAUCUCAAUCAUACUUCUGGCUCUACAUUUUCUGUUUCGAUUAGGGUUAUUACCAUGAACAGUUCUAGAAUCAUGUUGAAUUUGAAAUAUGGAAUGUUCAAGCUCAAAAUGAUGCUAGAACUUUUAACUUUGAAAUCAUUGACGUUACCCAAGUUGGCAGCGACACAGCUGUCAAUAUAUAAAAACUACAUUGAAAUUGCUUUACGGAAAAUGUUAUUGCUGCUUCUAUCUUUCUUCUCACACCACAUCCACAUAGUUACUUCGCAGACUGAUAGUUAUAAUAAUCACCUUAAUCAUA